AUGUCCUCGCCCUUUGCAGCACUCAGAACGCCCAAAGACGUCUAUCGAUAUCGCAAGCAGCGAGGAGUAAAUCUCGGUUCCUGGUUUGUUCUUGAGCGCUGGAUUACGCCCAGUCCAUUUCGUAAUGCUGCUGCUCCCGGCCAAAGCGACCUGCAUAUUGCGCAGGGUCAAGAUGCGCGUAAGAAUCUAGAGGAGCAUUGGGGCAGCUGGAUCAACGACGAAGACUGGAGAUGGAUUAUCGACCACGGUUACAACUCUGUGCGCAUUCCCGUUGGGUAUUACCACUUGUGCGGAGUCGACGCGAGCGUGAUCCAAAACACCGACUUUGCCCCCUAUCAAAAUGUAUUUGAAGGUGCUUGGGCCUUUAUCGAUCGUGCCAUUCAAACGGCUGCCAAGUACCACAUUGGCGUCCUCCUCGACCUUCAUGCAGCACCUGGUGCUCAAAAUCCAGACGCUCAUUCGGGAGUGGGGAAUGCCCAAGUGAAAAUCUGGGACGGCGACAAUGCCAACGCCACCGUACGCGCACUACGUGUUCUCAUCGCAGAAGCCGCCAAGUAUGAAAACGUCGUCGGCAUCGAACUCCUCAACGAGCCCAACGACCGCGACUUUCUCCCAAACUGGUACGCUUCGACCAUUGACAGCCUUCGCUCCGUCAGCGCCGACCUGCCCAUCUACAUUGCCGAUGCCUGGCACUCGGAAAAGUACAUCCCAUGGGCGAGCGCACGACAAGACUUUGUCGUCGUCGACCAGCAUCUCUACCGGUGCUUUACGGAAGAGGAUCGCCGCAAGUGGGGCGACCAGCAUGCCGCGGAGAUUCGAGAUGGGACGGCGAGGCAGUUCAAACAGUGGAGCAAGCAGGCUCGUGGCAAUUUUAUAGUUGGAGAGUUUUCAGCCGCCCUCGGCGGACAACCUCCUCAUACCGAUGCGGGAGAACAUGACCGUCAGCGUCGCGUCUUUGCACAAGCCGAGCUCGCCGUCUUUGAAGAGUCCUGUGGCGGGUGGUUCUUUUGGACGCUCAAGAAGGAGGAAGGCUGGGACGCCGGAUGGUCUCUGAAGAAUGCCACGCGUGCAGAGAUUAUGCCCGCAUACGUCGGCAAGAGGAGGGCCAGAGAAGGCAUGCCAAAUGAUUCGAAGAGAGACCAGGUCAAGACGGAUGCAUAUAAUCGUCAUGUCAACUAUUGGAAAGAUAAGAUGCAGAACAAUGAGCAUUGGAGGUUCGAGAUGGGCUUCCUCCAAGGCUGGAACGAUGGGAAACUCUUCUUCACAUUUUCUGGAGAAACAUCCCUCUCUGAAAUUGGGUAUAUGGGUGAAUGGCUCAAGAGGCGUGUCGCAGAACACGUCUCUGCCAAGGGAUCAAGCGAUCUUGUCUGGGAGUAUGAACAUGGCUUCCAGCAAGGAUAUGCCACCAUCCUUGGUAUGAUGUAA